GGUCUGCGGGCCGCCCUCUUGAAGUUCCUGUUGUGCGGCCUACACCAGCAACUCGCAGACUCCUGUUCCCUGUGCAGCCAUCGUCUCUGCCGUCCCCACCCCCACCCUGCGGUCCCACAGCCAACAGCGUCUCCUCAGCGCGACACAGCCCGGCGGCCGCCAUCUUCCCCGCAGACGUCACUGCAGGCGCAUCACUGUCUGGCGCGUCUGUCCUGCCAUGUCUGCCACAGAGGAGCACGACUGGAUCCCAGGUGGCCAGGAUAGAGCUGGUGGCGGGGCGGGCCGCGACCCCAGUCUCCUUGGGGUCCAGGCAUCCGCUUGGGAGGGGCUGGAAGGAGUCGAGGAGGCCACGGCUCUUCUGGCCUCCUUGGAGGUCUCCAGAGCCCUUCCCGGGGAGCAGGGUUGGCCACAGGCCACAGUGGAAGAGAAAUGUGAUAGAGAGCUGUUAGAGGAGGAGGAGAUGGAGGAAGAUGUAGAGGAGAUGGAGGAGGACGAGGAAGAGGGUGAGGCUGAUUUCGAGUUGGAGGACGUGGAGGAGGAGGAGCACCUGUCGGGAGAGGUCGAGGAGGAGGAGGACGAGAAUGAGCAGGAGGGUGCGGCAGUGGUUACAGGCCUUGGGUUCUCUGCGGAGAGCUUUGGGCCCCUGUUCUGGAGUCAGGUCAACUCCUUUCUACGCAAUUUACAUAACAACAAACAUGUCCUCUUCCGGCCUCACGCUGAGUGCCUGAUGGUCAGGGGCUGCUCCCAGCCACUCUCCGACCCUGGAGAAGGUCCCGUGCCUCCUCAGGAGCAGGAAGACCUGGGAGAGGGAGGCAAAGUCUUGCAGGGCCUAGACUCUGCUGCUGAUUUUAAAUUGGGAUAUUUUCCCUGCCAACUUUUGACGCCAAAGUCUGCAUCAUUCUGCCCUAAUGAUGAGGGUGAGUAUCAGUAUGAAAAUGCUGAUGAAGAGGAAGAGGAUGGAAAUGAAAAACCUGAAGGACUCUAAAUGGAUAUGGUCUCAGCAAAGAGCAGCUCUGGAUAAUACAGUGGGAAGGUCUAGAAAGAAGCAGACAGCAAAAGAAAAGAUGCAUUUGUUCUUCAUGGAUAUUCUUGUUUUCAUUAGCCUGAAAUACUAAUUUUUUUUCAAAGUUUCAAUGCCCCAAAAUGAUACUAACUUCUGACAUCUGACUUUACUCUUACGUUUUACAGAUAAUUUCGUAUUAUUGUUCACAUUGGAAAUAAAAGUUUGUUUGAAAUUAA